UCCAUAUGUACCAACAUUACAUUUUAAUUAUCGAUAUUUUGAAUUAGUUGAUGCUGAUGGAAAAGUACAUUGGUGGUAUGGUGGUGGUACUGAUAUGACACCUUAUUAUUUAAACGAAAAUGAUUGUAAACAUUUUCAUUUAACAUUAAAAAAGGCUUGCGAUAAACAUGAUCAUUCUUAUUAUCCCAAAUUUAAAAAAUGGUGUGAUGACUAUUUUAAUAUAACUUUUCGUCACAAUGAACGUCGUGGUAUUGGUGGAAUAUUUUUUGAUGAUCUCAAUCAACCGAAUCAAGAAGAAUGCUUUAGCUUUGUUAAAGAUUGUGCAAAUACAGUUAUCCCAUCUUAUAUACCUGUAGUACAAUCAAAUUAUCAACGAUCGUAUACAACAGAAGAACGUGACUGGCAACUAUUAAGACGUGGACGUUAUGCAGAAUUUAAUCUUGUAUUAGAUCGUGGUACUAAAUUUGGCUUACAAACACCUGGUUCACGCAUUGAAAGUAUUCUUAUGUCAUUACCACCGGUUGCUAAAUGGAAAUAUGCAUGGGAUUACAAAGCUGAUUCACCGGAAAUGAAACUUAUGAAAGUUUUAAAAGAACCAAGAGAAUGGGUUUAA